AUGAGGCUAUUUCUUCUCUUUCUUGCCACACUAGCGGCAGCUGUGCUGGUUCUGCCUUUUGAUUCUCCCGACUUCUGUUCCCAGAUCAUCACCCCAACCUGCAACACCACCUUCUCCUAUAUCGACUCAAUCAAUGCCGACCUUCGCAAGCUGGUGGUGGAACUAAUCCAGAAACCAUUUUUCCGCUUUUUCAAGCUUGAUUUGGAUAAGCAGUGUAAGUUCUGGAAUGCUCAGCACUUCUGUGCCACGAGAAACUGCGCCGUGGAAGUUUUGCCUCCCGAGCAGUUCAACUGGCUGGAUGUGCCUGAUGAUUUGUCACCAUCAAAGCUAGGAGAGAUUCUGAGAGCUUCUUCUGCCCAUGACGAGGCGGAAACCUGCGAGGACUUGGACUACUGCCAUAUUGACGACGACCACAAUUGUGUGUUUGUGGAUUUGAAGGAGAACCCAGAGAGAUUCACGGGUUAUGGUGGUGCACAAUCGUUCGACGUGUGGAAGGCCAUCUACUCCGAGAACUGUUUUCCAAAUACAAACCCAAUGUCCAUGAGCCCAGGCCUGGAGCCGGAGCAGUGCGUGGAGAAGAAUUUGUUCUACAGACUCAUUUCUGGAAUGCACGCUUCCAUCGCUGUUCACCUUUCAAACGAGUAUUUGGACCCUCACACAGAAGAGUUCCGUCCUGACUUGAAGGUGUUCAUGGAACGUGUGGGCAAGUUCAAUGAUCGACUUUCGAACAUAUACUUCAACUACGCUUUGGUCUCUCAGGCCAUCGUCAAGUUAUCAGACAUGGUUUCUCUUCCCAACUACAUAAAGGAGAACCAUGAAUCUGCCCCAGAAAAUGAGCUACUUCUGAACGAGAACGUUGAUCCAGCGGAGUAUUCUCGUUUGCUUUCCAAGAUCAACGAUACCUUGAGCUCGCAGGUUCUUUUCGAAACCCAUUCCUUAUUUGACCCUGCAAAGGGAUCACCAGAUCUCAAGAAUGAAUUUAGAGCCCGCUUCAAGAACGUCAGUGCUAUCAUGGACUGCGUGGGCUGUGAUAGGUGUAGAAUGUGGGGCAAGCUCCAAACUAUCGGUUACGGAACGGCACUCAAGAUUCUUUUCGAGUCCGAAGAUCCUACCACCCAGCACUUGUUGAAGUUCCGUCGCAUUGAGUUGGUUGCACUUUUCAACACUUUUGACCGUCUUUCAAAAUCGGUGGAGGCAAUCAAUAAUUUCAAGUCAAUGUAUCUUCAGCACUUAGAAGAUGUUGCUGCUGGCAAAGCCAAGCAUGGAGACUACGAGCCCUUACAUGACAAAGGUAUCGAGUUUCCUUUUGUUGCGUUCCUGCCGGUGACAAAAUCGAAAGAAGCAGCUAAAACAUUUGAAAAGGGCACCCUUGAUGAGGGCAAGAUUGUCAACGUCGAGGGCCGCACCCAGGGAUUCUGGGAAGAACUAGAAGAUGUGAAGUCAGCAUUAUGGGUUGUGUGGGACAUAUAUUACAGAUUCCCACAGAGAUUGUGGGAAUACGUGAUUUACUAUGUCAAUGGGUGGUGGAAUGUUUACGUCGGACGUUCUAUUUACGUGCCUCAGGGCAAGACGAACCUCAAGGAUGAGUUGUAA